GUCUCUCUCUCUCUCCCUCUCUCAGAGCUGUGUGUGAGCCCGGCAAAGGGAAGGACGCACUCUCCACACAGCCCUGUCAUGAGAAAGACGUCAGUGCCUGCUGCUGGACAGAGGUCCGGGGUCACAUCACACUAGACCCACAUUACACCGGACCUCACACCGACAGAGGACACGUGUGAUCGUGGGCUCUGUCCCCACGGAGGACAUUUUCACGGCUCCACAUCAAGGUCUCCGGCUGCCACUGCGCACGAACUCUCCGUCCGUUUGUUUACUUAAGUGAGGAGCCCAUGUGGUCCGCCGGCGACAGCUGAUCUACAGAGAUGAGUCACGAACGCGGCUCACAGCGGCUCACAGCGGCGCAGGAGUGUCCGUGAAUCAGCCACGGAGCGACGCGCGCGUCUCGGUCACCUUCCGUAAACCAUGCCUAGUGGCAACGUACUUGGGGGCGCGCCACGCUGCGUUUAAGUGACCGGUCGAUAGUGUGUUUGAUGAGAACGAGAGGACGGAGACUGUGGACUGUGUAAACAGCAGCCACGCUGUCAGGCAGACGCGGCCGGAGCUCUGGAGAAGCCGUCUCGCCUCUCUCCCAGAUCCGCACACCAAUGCAGGAUGCCCGCAGAGCGCCGGGGAGUCCUGGUUCAGCUCAGCCCCGGUUCAUGACUGGGCGGCCUCGUCAUGCGUCCCUUGCCCGAGCCCAGCGCGCAAUCCCUGCGGCUCCUCUUCCUCUUCAUCUUCGUGAUGGGGGUGGCCCCGUCGCCGGCGCUCACGGCCGGCUGUCCGCACGGAUGCGUGUGCGACGACCAGCUCGUGGUCCAGUGCGCCGGACAGGAGCUCACUCGGUUUCCCAAUGAUCUGCCGCUGGCCACCCGGCAGCUCAUCAUCUCCAACAACCGCAUUGGAGACCUGCCGCCGCUGCAGCUCAACUACCUGUCUGAUCUGGUGUAUCUGGACUGCAGCAACAACUCUCUGACUGAGAUCUCAGAGUCCACAUUCGGGAACUUGCGCAAACUUGCCUACUUGGACUUGUCUUUUAACACCCUGCUGCAGAUCGAGGACCGGACUUUCGGACCUCUGGCGUCCCUGGUGAUGCUCAGGCUGACGGACAACCCCGGUCUUGGCGAGAUCCACUCGGAUGCCUUUUCGGAGAACGUGGCGCUGCAGGUGCUCGACGUGAGUCGAAACAACCUGACGACCCUGAACAUCAGCGGCCUCAUCGCGCUGCCUGCUCUGCGCUCCCUUGGCCUCAGUGGUAACCCGUGGAAGUGUGACUGUGACACGGAGGACCUGUGUCUCUGGGUGCAGAUAGAGGGCUUCAAAUUUCAAGAUGAAGGCCAGACAGUUUGCUACAGUCCCCCGGAGCUGGCGGGCCAGCGGUUGUCGGAGGUGGGCAUGCAGCUGCGAGCAGACUGCCACCACGGCCUGGGCUACUGGGACUACCUCUUCUUCAUCGCCAUCGGUUUUGUCAUCUUCUCGGCCGGCACAGUGUCGGCGUGGGUGAUGGGAGUGCUCAUGGUGCUGUACGAGCGCUACACCAAGCGUAAGAGCGAGCAGCUGGACAGUGACGAUGAGGAGGAUAGGGGCGGAUUGGGUGGAGGAAGAGGAGGAGGAGGAGGAGGAGGGGACCAGGGAAAUGGGGAUCUGAGUAAGCCUGGCAUGCAAGUGUGACAUGGUGAUGUAAACCAGGGACAAAAUAUGAAGAGGAGGAGGAGGAGGAAGCAGCGACGACAGGACUCUGAGACCAAAGACUCCGUCUGACUGUCGCUCCUGGAGCCGAGAUUUAGAUAUGGAAAUAUAAUCUUCUUUUUAUUAACGCUGUAAGUCUUUUUGAGUGUGUGUAUGUGUGUGUAUGUAAGAGAGCGAGAGACAGAGAGAGACAGAGAGAGAACGAGACGGAAAUAAUGAUCGACAGAUACAGCAAUAAUGACUAUGCCUUCACUUCAGGAGAACAGAAUGACCUCUGAGAGUAUUGAAAGCAAUAACCCACACAGUCUUACACACACACACACACACACACACACACACAAAGAAAACACAAUACCCGUCUCAGCACAUGGAUAGUGUACUUUAAGGACCUGAAUUCCCUGAGUGGGUGGAUGAACCUGCACACUGAAGUGCUCUUGAGUAACACUGUAAAUGAUGAUUAUAGACACACACACACACACACACACACACACACACACACCUGAGACAUUAGGGUCUCAGGGAGAGCGAUGUCUCUGUUCUGCUACAAUAAAAUGAAAGAAGUGUCAUCGCAAAUGUGUGUUUUUCUAAAUGCCCCGAGGCAAUGCAUUUCAAACAGUUAGUCACCGCUGAUUGGUUUGAGUUAGUCUUAGAAACACACAUUUAAAAUCACUAGUUAUCCAUAUUGUAAAUCGCCCAGCUGUGACAAACCGCUUAUGUUAUACAGAAUCAGUUCAAAAAAAAAAAAAUGUUCCAGUUGAAUUUUUUGCUCUAAAAAGCUACGAGAGCGUCCAGUAAGUGCUGUCAAAUGGUGGGUUUUAGAAUGCUACAGCAGUUUGUUGGCAACAUGCAGCUCGCGGACCAGAACUGACCCACGGCCUCUGACCUCCGGCCGUCCAGAUGAUUUUGAGAAUCUCAUUUCAUUCUAUUUUUUACUCGCUUUGUGUUGCUAUUUUUAUACAUUGUCACACCCAAACGUGAUAAUCAGGGGUACCGUGGCAAUGAUCCAUUUGAACGUAGCUAGUCGGAAAACUAUUAUUUAUUCGCUGCAGAUAAUGUGUCUUCAUUUGUCGACGUGGCAGUGACGGGCAUAACGAUCAAAUACUAUUCCAUGAAGUGACAGUGGAUAAGUAUAAAAAAUAAAAAAGAGACAAAG